CCCAGAUUCCAGACCAAAUGCUUGCUUGCCAACAAAUGUGAGCUCCCUAGUAUAUCCUCGUCAAGUUUCCUCUACAUCCGAAAUUUGUCUGAUACCAGAAUGUAUCAAAGAAGAUUCUGGACAAUCUACUGAAAUGUCAGUGAACAUAGGGCACCUAGCAUCUCUCCUUAACAUCUCUUCCGAGUAUGAUUUCUGCCUGACACCUGGAUGCGCUAAAGCAGCUGUCGAAAUCCUGUCCAAUUUGAAUCAAAGCGUAGAACCUUGUGAAGACUUCUACCAGUUUGCCUGUGGUGGUUGGCUGAAGAGACAUGAAGUUUCUGAUAUCCAGCACGACAUCUCUAUCGCUAAUGAAGUUGAAAACGAUAUCGACCUUAAACUCCGAGAUCUGCUAGAAAACACAAUGACAGAAAAUAAAUCUAAAUAUAUUUCCGAUUUAAAAUCAUCCUAUGAAAAGUGUAAGGAAAACGGAGGCCCGACAUGGGUAGAAAAAGCGGAGAAGAUUAGUUCUUCGGAAAAGACUCAUCAGGAAAAUUGGCAAAGCGUCUCUGACAUUCUGAAGACUCUUGGUGGGUGGCCAUUAUUGGAGGGAGAAAACUGGAAAUCGUCUUCAUUCGACUGGCUUCAGACUCUUGUUGAGCUCCGCAAGAUGGGCUUGAAUCACGAUAUCUUUAUUCAAUUAUAUGCUAAGAAUGAUGCCAGUAAUAACACUGUGCAUGUGAUAAAGUUGGACCCAGUGUUGUCAGGAAUAUCAAAUCAUACGUAUUUACUGUAUAAGCAAAAUGAUUCAUCGAUCGAUAGUUUGCUCGAAUCCAUGAUGGAAGUAGCUCAGCAGUUGAAUGGCAAUAUCAAUACUACAGUGGACGAUUUUCGAGAAGUUGUCAGUUUUGAAACCACAUUUGCCGAACUCUCUUCUCCACAGCAAGAGACACAAGACAUUAGCAAUGCAAGUAAGAAUUAUAUAGUUCAGGAGCUCGUGGAUGAAGUACCUCAGAUUAACUGGAUUAAGUAUUUCAACGGACUGCUGAAUGGCCAAAUUAAAAAUGAAACGUUAGUUGUUAUGGAUAAGAAUUUCAUUAUCAAUUUUGCCGAACUGAUCACAAAGACAAACACGAGGGUGGUAGCCAAUUACAUGAUGUGGAAGAUAGUUCAAGAAUUGUCAGAGAACUGGAAGAUUCCGAAACAUAGGUCACGAAGGAGUUAUAUAUAUCCUCUUUGGAAACGAUGUCUCCAUUCCCUUAAGUACGAAGAGGAAUUUAACAUGAGUUCUUAUUUCAUGGAACAUUACUUCAAAAAGGAAACCAAAGAUGACGUACUCAAGAUUUUUAAAUAUGUUCAUAAUGAGUUUUUAAAUAUGAUAGAAGAAAAGGAGUGGUUAGAUGCAAAAGCAAAAAAACAAGCGAAAAAAAAGGCCUAUGCCAUGAAAUUAUAUAUUGGAAACCCAAAAGACCCUAGGUCGGUUAUUUAUGUCUCUGAUCUUUACAAAAACGUAGCAAGAAUUAAUCUAGACAGAUCAGCGAAGAGGCGCAGUGGUUUUCCCAGGAGAAGAACGGGAUACCAUCUUGGAAACAUUUGGAGCAAACGUCUUAUAUUCAAAGAAUGAAAAUGCUAUUGAGAUGUCCGUAGCAUAUUUACAGGAUCCCAGUUUCAACAAGGAUCGACCACAAUAUCUGAAUUUUGCAGCAAUCGGUUAUAUCAUUGGCCACGAGAUUUCACAUGCAUUUGAUAACCAAGGU